CUUCAGCCUUUGGACCCCGCGCGGGGGGCACCAGCCAGUCGUGUUGCUCGAAAGGCGCAACGUUUCACGAGCACACGUUCAUCGUCACUCUGUCUUCACCUUGCUUUCCUGGCUGUUGGAGGAGAAUUUCCCCUCUAUUUAAAUCCGGGCUGAGAGCCAAGUCUAGCUGCUUUCCAUCUCACCACAAACACAGCGCAUCGUACAGCUAUUUCGUCCGCCCACCAUGUCUCAAUCACAAUACGCCAACUACCCAAGUCUUAAGGACCGUGUAGUGGUCAUCACGGGUGGAAGUCAAGGCAUUGGUGCAUCCAUGGUUGAAAACUUUGCUCUCCAGGGCUGCCAGGUCCUCUUUCUGGAUAUCGCUGUCGAAAAGGGCAAUGACCUCGUCAAGAGACUCGUGGAAGCUGGUGUUGCCCAUGCUCCCAUCUUCUACGAAUGCGAUGUCUCCCAGACAAGGGAGGCGUUGCAGCCUACUGCCGCCAAGAUUCUCGAAGCCUUCCCCAAGAUUCAUGUCCUAAUCAACAACGCCUGCAAUACGUCGACCAAGCCUACCAUGGAAGUGACACCGGAGUCCUGGGCCCGCGAUGUCAACACCAACCUGACGCCGCAGUUCUUCCUUAUCCAGUCAUUGCUUCCCGGCCUACUCGCAGCUGCAAAGGACAUUCUCAAUUCGUCCAUUAUCAACAUUGGCACCAUCAACUGGGCCAUUCCCGCUACGGGCAUUCCUGGCUACACGACCACCAAAUCUGCCAUUGUCGGCUUGACAAGAACCAUUGCCCACGAAUUCGGACCCCAGGGUAUCCGCUGCAACAGCAUCAUGCCUGGAUCCACAGCUACAGAGAGGGAACUUGCUAAGGUCAUGACCCCUGUGUACAAGGAAAAGGUGCUGGGCGCGCAGGCUCUCAAGAGACUCAUUGUGCCUGCGGAGAUUGCUCGGGCUGCACUAUGGUUGGGCGCCGAUGACAGCUCCGGUAUGACGAACCAGUGCAUCCGUGUUGACGGUGGCUGGACGUAAAGAAAAUAUUGGAUACUCCGGGGCAUAUUUUGGUUUUUAUUGGUUUCAUGUUUCAUAGACAAGCUAGCAAUAAAGAAGUUCUGUACCUUUCUU